GGAAGUUCCGCCCGGUGCCACUUCCGGUUCCGGCCUGUGGGGGCUGAGGCGCGCGAGUGAGGCCGGAGCGUUUCCCCGCCAUGCUGCCCCUGGUGCUGCUGCUGCCCCUGGCCCUGGGCGGGACCCCCGAGGUGACGGUGCCGCGACCCCGGGGGGUGGCCCUGAGCCAGCUGCCGUUCUACGACCCCUCGGUUCCGUUCCGCUGCCUGGACGGCUCCGGCUCCGUCGCCUUCAGCUGGGUCAAUGACGAUUAUUGUGACUGCAAGGACGGCUCUGACGAGCCCGGGACCCCGGCCUGCCCCAACGGGCGCUUCCACUGCGCCAACGCCGGGCACCGACCCCGCAGCAUCCCCGCGGCGCACGUCAAUGACGGGGUCUGCGAUUGCUGCGAUGGCACCGACGAGUGGGGGAGCGGGGCCGGCUGUGAGAACACCUGCAGGGAGAAGGGCCGUAAGGAGCGGGAGGAGCGGCUGGUUUAUACUGGUCCAUACUGGUUUAUACUGGUUUAUACUGGUUUAUACUGGUUUUCCCUAGGGAAAAGGGCCGGAAAGGGGCCGUAA